AUGGACGGACCCCGCAAAAAUGACCACAAAACCGUUGGCAAUAGCUGGAUGGCACCGAAAGGCUGUCAACAACCGGGCUGGCCGGUAACGGUCUCUUCGGGCAGCCUGCCCUCUCUGCAAUUCAAGCUGGUAAUACCCAUUUCAAUGGAGGCCAUGAAGAUGAAGCUUUUUGUUGCUGUUGUUAUGAUGGUGAUGGCUGUUUCAGCAGUUCAAAAUGUGGCUGCAGUGGAGGCACCUGCACCUAGCCCUACGUCGGACGCCACCAUUUAUGUACCCACCAUUGUUGCUUCUCUUUCCGCCAUUGCGUUUGGGCUUCUUUUCUAA